AUGGCGGACAGAGAGAAGAGGAAGCCGUCGCCACCGGUACCCCGUUCCCGUGGAUUAAGGGUCGAUUCACCGGCCAGUUUCAGAUCAAUCCCACGCUGUACCGCUCACAAGCUCAGCAUGGACUCAAAUGGGGACGGAGGAGAGGGGUGGAUGGAGGAUCAGUGGGAGAAAUGGUUGACCCAUGACAUCGGUCUGGAUGAGUUUGAGGAUGAGGACCUGUCAGAGAUUACUGAGAUCACAGAUGAGCGUGGACUCAGCCUCAACUGCAACUCUCUGGACAUCAAGACUCAUGUGAUGCGAGCACCCAGUGGUAGCUUGGGGAAGGUUGAGGCUGGUGCGGUUGGGCAGAUCCAGGCAGAGAUGCUUCACUUGGAUCUUAUCGACGCUGUUGACAGUAGCCGUGAGCAGGAAGCUCGUCCACCUGCCACAAAACCACCUGCCAAGGACCCUCCUCCUGUCACUAUGGAUACUUAUCGGCCCAAAAGACCCACAACUCUCAACCUAUUCCCACAGGUGCCUCGCACUCAGGACACGUUGAACAACAACUCACUUGGGAAAAAGUACAGCUGGCAGGAGAAGGUAUCUCGCUCAUCCUCCCCCCUCAAAACAGGUGAGCUGACGCCACCCCAUGAACACAUAUGUCUGAGUGACGAGGACAAACUUCAACACGGUGGCAGUGGGGGCGGGACUCAAACAAAAGAUCGGGGCACGUCGACCGACGCACCUCAAAAACGACCUGCGUCCUCUAAACAAAAUCACGCCCCUCCACCACCAGCAUGUGCUCCCUCAGCCCCACCUACUAAAGCUACAGCUGCAGGGGAGGGUCAUCGUGACCGAAUCCGGUACCAUACUGACGUGCGUCUUGAGCCCACAGAGGAGAUCUACCUGACUCCAGAGAAACCACCCAUGCUUUCUCAGACGGUCGAGCACGGACGCAUGUCCAUCAGUUCUGACAAUGAGGGCCCUCCACCCUAUCAGCCACCCCUUUAUGAACGGACAAACCCUUCUAUCAGUGAACAGGAAGAGGACCUAUUUCCCCCCUCCUAUGCCGCUUGUAUGACCUCUACAGCUGCUGUGGACCUCAGCACAAGAGGGGCUGAGGGAGGUGCAGGUGAGGCUCAGGCCCAGGAUGAGGCCUUCUCUCAGGGCUUCAGGAACUCUGGUGUGUCCCGGAUUUCAAUGAGCAGCUCAGAGGCAAGUGGGCUCUCGUACGAUUCUGUGAAGUACACUCUGGUAGUGGACGAGCACGCUCAGUUGGAGCUGGUCAGCCUACGACAGUGUUACCAUGGGUACAGCGAUGACAGUGACUCUGCUACAGUCUAUGACAACUGCGUCUCCUCUCCUUAUGAGUCCGCGCUUGGAGAGGAGUAUGAAGAAGAGGAGGAAGAGGAGGAACAAGAGGAAGGAGCACGAGUUGGUGGGAGAGAGGCCACAGCAUGCCUGUCAGAAGACUCCACUCCUGAGGCAGACAUGCAGCUAUCCAGAAAGUUCCUCAAUGUCUUCAUGAGUGGCAGGUCACGCUCCUCCAGUGCAGAGUCCUUUGGUAUUUUCUCAUGUGUUAUAAAUGGAGAAGAAAGAAGCCAAAGCCACAGAGCAGUCUACCGGUUUGUCCCUCGUCACGAUGAUGAGUUGGAGCUGGAGGUGGAUGACCCUUUGCUUGUGGAGGUUCAGGCAGAGGAUUACUGGUAUGAGGGUUAUAAUAUGAGAACAGGGACCCGGGGGAUAUUCCCUGCCUAUUACGCCAUGGAGGUCACCAAGGAGUCUGAGCAGUUUAAAGUUAAAAGUGCUGACUGGGUGGAACAAUACAGACUGAAAUUCUUAGGCUCAGUCCAAGUACCCUAUCACAAAGGAAAUGAUGUGCUCUGUGCGGCUAUGCAGAAGAUUGCCACAAAUAGGAGAAUGACAGUGCAAUAUAACCCACCCUCCUCCUGUAUCCUGGAGAUCAGCAUGAAAGGAGUGAAGCUGAUUGUGCAGGAUGACUACGCUGCCUUUGACAGAAGUGAUCAGUGUAGCCACUUCUUCCAGCUGAAAAACAUCUCAUUCUGUGGUUAUCAUCCCAAGAAUAGCAAGUAUUUUGGGUUCAUUACCAAACAUCCAGCAGAUCAGAGAUUUGCCUGUCAUGUGUUUGUGUCAGAAAACUCUACUAAGCCACUGGCAGAGUCUGUCGGGAAAGCCUUCCAGCUGUAUUACAAAGAGUUUGUGGAGUUCACAUGUCCCACAGAAGAUAUCUACCUGGAAUAA